GCAAAUUAAGAGAUGGAGAUGGGCAUCAACAGCAUCUUCGUCUUUGUCUUCCUCUUGUUGGCCCUUCUCUGCCGCCACUUCACCUCUGCAGGGGAAGCGGAAGUAGAACUACUCCAGGUGGAUUACUACAAAGAGAGCUGCCCAAGAGCCGAGGAGAUCAUCCAAGAACAAGUCACCCAGCUCUACAACAAGCAUGGCAACACUGCCGUUUCAUGGAUCAGAAAUCUCUUCCAUGACUGCAUGGUUCAUUCAUGCGAUGCAUCGCUGCUACUGGAGACGACCCGCGACAUGGCGUCGGAGAAGACGUCUCAGAGGAGCUUCGGGAUGAGAAAUUUCAAGUACAUCAACACCAUCAAGAAGGCCCUCGAGAAUGAAUGCCCCUCCACUGUUUCCUGCGCCGACGUCGUUGCUCUCUCUGCUAGGGAUGCCUUCGUCUUGCUAGGAGGGCCAAGAAUAGCCAUGAAAACGGGAAGAAAAGACAGCCGACAAAGCUUCGCAGAAAUGGUAGACGACAUGAUCCCAAACCACAACGACAGCAUACCUCUGAUUCUAUCUAGGUUUCAGGCUGUCGGCAUCGACGUCGAAGGCACCGUGGCUCUCCUAGGCGCACACUCGGUGGGGAGAGUCCACUGCGUCAACCUCGUUGGAAGACUCUACCCGUCGGUCGAUCCAACAUUGGACCCUCUCUACGCCAACUACCUAAAACGGCGCUGCCCGUCGCCGGUGCCGAACCCAAAAGCCGUCGAGUAUGCGAGGAACGAUCGUGAUACGCCAAUGGUGUUGGACAAUAUGUACUAUAAGCAUCUGUUGGAGCACAAGGGGUUGCUUCUGGUUGAUCAGCAGCUGGCUUCUGAUCCGUUGACGUCGCCGUUUGUGGAGAAGAUGGCGGGUGAUAACGGCUACUUCCUUGAACAGUUUUCCGGGGCCUUGCUCCGGCUGUCGGAGAAUAACCCGGUCGGUGGAGAGGAAGGAGAGAUUAGAAAGGAUUGUGGCCAUGUGAACAGGGACUAGGGUCUUGUUGAUCAACAACUAUGUAUGAAUUAAUUGGGAAUCUUCCUUAGGAAAAUAUUAAUGUUAAUGCAAUUGUGAUAA